AUGGAUGGAUUAAUUAAAGAUAAAGUAAAUAGAAAUCAAUAUUUAACAAAUUUCAAUAAACAAUCUUUUUCAAAACUUUAUUCAAAAAUUAAAGAUGAUAAACAAUUUUUUUCAAAUAUUUUUAAAUUUUAUCCAAAGAUUUCAUUAUUCAAUUUAGAUGAUACAGUAGAUACAAUAAUAAAAUCUGAUUGUGUCGGUGCAUUAAAAUCAUUAGUUGAGGAUAGUAAAUAUAAUCCAACAUUCAACGAUAUUAAACAAUCAUAUAAAUAUAUGAUGAGUCAUUUAAAUAAUAUUAAUAUUAAUAAUAACAAAGAAAAACCAUUUACAGAUAAAGAGUUUUGGAAUUUAAUUUUUAAUGGUACUGCAGUUUCACAAUUAAAAAGAAUAAAAAUUAUAAACAUAAUGAUUGAAAAAUUUAAAAUUAAACCAUGCAAUGUGACAUUUUUUAGAAAAGGUUCAAUCAAUGAUCAAUCAAAAGUAAAAGAUUUAAUAAACUCAUCUAUUUCAAUGAUCCUUUUUAAUGUUUGCAAUUAUAGUUUAAAUGAAAAAAAAAGAAGAAUAUUAUUAUUCUGA